AUGGAUGAGGACCGUCGAGUGUCAAUAGAGACAAUAAGUGGACAGUUUGAAGUCAGUGUGGGAACUGUGCACAUUAUUCAUGAUGAAUUGAAAAUAGAAGAUUUGCGCGAAGUUUGUCCCCAGGGUGCUCAAUCAGAUCCAAGAGUACUCAUGGCUCUGGUGACCUGUGAUGAGAGCUGGAUCUACUGCUGUGGCCCGGAAACCAAGAGACAGAGUUUCCAGCGGAAGCAUCCGGGCUCCCCCAGACCCAAGAAGGUCAGACAGAGCAACUUCACCCUGAAACUCAUAAUUAUCCCCUUUUUCGACAGCAAAAGCAUGAUCUACAUCCACUGGGUUCCCUCUGAACAGACAGUCAACAAAGAGUACUAUGUGGAGGCCUUGAGGGAGUUCCGAUAG